CUUUGAAGACAGGGCCAAGCGCAACUUGGGCAGAUGGGGCAUGGACUGGGAAGAAGGCAGAGAUUGCUUCAAGAUUUUUGCCCUUAAAACAUGGAAUAGCCACCGAUUGAGAUGAAAAAGCCCCAUGUGAAGAUUGUUUUUUUUAAGGAGCUAGGUUUGAACGCUUUAACGCCUGGUAGUUGCCCAAGUGAAGUGAGUAGCCGGUUUUGAAGCUGUUUGGAAAAGUCAUUUGGGGGACACCUCUAAGGUCUCAGCAAGUUGUAUCCUGAUCCAGUCAAUGUCUCCAGGACCCUAAAAUAGGAUCUUGCAGAGCUGACCACGACUUUCCCGUCUUAGCUGACCUAAAAGCUGGAACAAACCAGAGAAGCAUGCAGCUUCCUUAGCUGGCAAAACUCCGGUCCUCCUCCUUAAAUGCAGGGUGGGAAGAGAACUGCGGACCAAUCGGCGACUCUUCCAACUGGUUGCACAGAACACCACCCUCUCCAAGCAACAACAGUUCACAAGGUUUCGGAAUUCUGACACUCGACCACGCCCCCUCCGGAGAACGGGCGGGGCUUACAACGGGGCGGAGUCUCUGCGUGAGCACGCCACAGGAGGAGGGGCGUGGCCUGCCCGGUGCGCGCGCCUGGCCGUCGGUGAUCAGCUGGUCUGCGCUCCCCUGACGUGGGUUGGGGCACGUCACCGACGAAUGGCAGCCUCCAGAAAGCCGCCGCGAGUAAGGGCGAAUCGCCAGGACUUUGAGCUGAGAAAUUUAAGGAUAAUUGAACCUCACGAGGUGACUUCCUCAGGAGACAGGAGUGUGGAAACAGACCACAGGAUGGCUCCGAAGGUGACCUCAGAGCUUCUGCGGCAGCUGCGACAAGCUAUGAGGAACUCGGAGUGCGUGGCAGAACCCAUCCAGGCCUACAUCAUCCCAUCGGGAGACGCCCACCAGAGUGAGUACAUUGCACCCUGUGACUGUCGGAGGGCGUUCGUCUCCGGCUUCGAUGGCUCUGCAGGCACAGCUAUCAUCACGGAGGAGCAUGCGGCCAUGUGGACGGAUGGGCGCUACUUUCUCCAAGCUGCCAAGCAGAUGGACAACAACUGGACCCUCAUGAAGAUGGGUCUGAAGGACACACCGACUCAGGAGGACUGGCUGGUGAGUGUGCUUCCGGAAGGAUCCAGGGUUGGUGUGGACCCUCUCAUCAUUCCCACAGAUUACUGGAAGAAGAUGGCCAAGGUACUUCGAAGUGCUGGUCACCACCUCGUGCCUGUGAAGGAGAACCUUGUGGAUAAGAUCUGGACAGACCGGCCAGAGCGCCCUUGCAAGCCCCUCCUCACACUGGGUCUGGAUUAUACAGGCAUCUCGUGGAAGGAGAAGGUUGCAGACCUUCGGUUGAAAAUGGCAGAGAGGAGCAUCGUGUGGUUUGUGGUCACUGCCCUAGACGAGAUUGCAUGGCUGUUCAAUCUCCGAGGGUCAGAUGUGGAGCACAACCCGGUGUUUUUCUCCUACGCAAUCAUAGGACUAGAGAGGAUCAUGCUCUUCAUCGACGGGGACCGCAUUGAUGCGCCUGGUGUGAAACAGCACCUGCUCCUUGACUUGGGCCUGGAGGCAGAAUAUAAAAUCCAGGUGCUGCCUUACAAGUCCAUCCUGAGUGAACUCAAGACCCUGUGUGCUGACCUGUCCCCGAGGGAGAAGGUGUGGGUCAGUGACAAAGCCAGCUAUGCUGUGAGCGAGGCCAUCCCCAAGGUCCCCAAAGGUGGCGUAACGGAGAUCUCUGCAGCUGACAAGGCUGAGGAAUUUCGAAGACAACAGGCUGACUUUGUGGACCUGAGCUUCCCGACGAUUUCCAGCACGGGACCCAACGGCGCCAUCAUUCACUACGCGCCGAUCCCUGAGACGAAUAGGACCCUGUCCCUGGAUGAGGUGUAUCUCAUUGACUCCGGUGCUCAGUACAAGGAUGGAACUACAGACGUUACCCGGACCAUGCACUUCGGGACCCCUACUGCCUAUGAGAAGGAGUGUUUCACGUAUGUACUGAAAGGCCACAUUGCUGUGAGCGCGGCUGUUUUCCCAACGGGAACCAAAGGCCACCUUCUAGACUCCUUUGCCCGGUCAGCCCUGUGGGAUUCCGGCCUGGAUUACCUGCACGGAACAGGACACGGCGUCGGGUCUUUCCUGAAUGUUCACGAGGGCCCUUGUGGCAUCAGUUAUAAAACGUUCUCUGACGAGCCCUUGGAAGCCGGCAUGAUCGUCACUGAUGAGCCAGGGUAUUAUGAAGAUGGGGCGUUUGGGAUCCGCAUCGAGAACGUUGUUUUGGUGGUCCCUGCGAAGACCAAGUAUAAUUUCAAUAACCGAGGAAGCCUGACCUUUGAACCUCUAACUUUGGUUCCCAUCCAGACCAAAAUGAUAGAUGUGGAUGCUCUUACAGAUAAAGAGUGUGACUGGCUCAACAGCUACCACCAGACCUGCAGGGAUGUGAUUGGGAAGGAGCUGCAGACUCAAGGCCGCCAGGAAGCUCUCGAGUGGCUCCUCAGAGAGACAGAGCCCAUCUCCAGGCAGCAUUGAUACCGUCUAGCGUUUGUUUUUGUAGGAUGCUCUGGGGAAGGAAGACACAUGGCAGACCCCUGACUUCUUUCUCCUCACCUCCUCCUCCUCCCCAACUCCCCUUUUUACUUUUAGACACUAAGAAGGGCAGAAACUCUUCUUAUCCACUUUGAUAUUUUCUUGCAAACAGUCUUUUAUGAAUUUUUAAUUGUUGAGAAUGAGCCAGGAAUAAAACUGCUACACCAGAAGGAGGGGCCUCACAAAGGCGAAGCCUUGACAAGGGGGAGAUACCCGAGCCCUCUGGCCAGCGGUGGCCAGCGGUGACUGCUCUGCGAUGGUCUCCUUCCAGGUGCUGGUACCUCAGUCGCGGUCACCCUGACGUUCAUGAGACCCUCCUAUGAUCAGUGAAUAAAAUACUAAACUCGG